AAUGUCAAAGCCGAGUUUAUCAAUUCUCGUCUGACAAGUCAAAUAAAAUAUAGCGAAAAUGCUGGACAUUUUCAAGAAACCCUAUGCGGACUCCAAGCAACUGCCGUUGGCCAGUGGACCGGUUCCCAUCCUGAUUAUCAUCGCCGGUUAUCUACUGGUCGUCUUCAAGGCGGGCAGAAAGUUCAUGGAGCACCGGGAGCCGUACAAUCUUCGAGGGGUGCUGAAGUGUUACAACAUAUUCCAGAUCUGCUACAAUAUGAUGAUGCUCUUGCCCGGAUACUAUUUCAUGUUAGUCUUCCAGCCGUACAACUUUCGAUGCAUGACGGUCCUGCCACAGGAUCAUCCCAUGAAGAAUUGGGAGCGCACCAUUAGCUAUGCUUACUACAUUAACAAGAUUGUGGACCUGCUGGACACCGUGUUCUGUGUGCUGCGCAAGAAGUACAUGCAAAUAACGUUCCUGCACGUCUUCCACCACGUGCUGAUGCCCACCGUCGGAUACUUGAUAAUCCGCUUCCAGGGCUAUGGGGCACUCUUCUUCCUGUGCUCCUUCAAUGUCAUCGUCCACAUCUUUAUGUAUGGCUACUACUAUUCGGCGAUCGAGGGCAAUGCAGUGCGCUGGAAGCGCUACCUGACUCUCAUGCAAAUGAUGCAGUUCAUCCUAAUGUUUGGCCACUGUGCCUUCACCGCCAUGCAGCGCGAGUGUAAGGCCUCGCAGGGCAGCCUCUUCCUGGUCAGCUGCGCCGCCGCGGUCAUGUUCAUCAUGUUUGCCAAUUUCUACUUCCAGUGCUACGUUAAAUCCAAGGAGAAGAGGAAUUAA